AUGCAGGCUGCUCCGCACAGUCCUGCUGAGGCUCGAGCGUGUCGCGGUGACAAGAUGGAAGAGGCCGUUCUCAUUCUGAGUAUCACGCCGAGCGAAGUCGAUACUGCCGCCUUGCCGACGGUAUUGGCGACAAGUGCCUCGCCACUGAAUGCGCCAACGUCUGCAGUCACUUCGACAUCCUCAUCGAGCAGUCAGGCGGUAGUCAAUACACCGAUCCAUCAGCUGCCUCUCAACAUCAUUGCCAUCUCCGCUGUCGCUCUUGUUGUGCUUCUGACAGCGAUUGUGCUGGCCUUCAAGGUCAUAGAGCGAGCAGACCGACGACGAGACGCUGCACUGACGACAUUCGUACAUGCGAAGACAAUCAAGCGUGUGUGGCCAGAUCGAAAGAGCGAAGAUGAGAAAACUGGCUCAUGGUCGAGCGCAAGCAGCGCGAUCGAGCCAGUCGCUUUACGACUGCCUGUGAUCGGUCAAGUGCGGUCGCCCGGCACACCUAUCAUGACCGAACAGCCUUCGCGCAAAUCGCAGCGCCCGAGUCUGUUUGACGAUGCGAUACGUGUCGACCAGACCAUAGAGAGCCGAUCAGAUCCAUUCAAGCGAUCAGUGGUCGCGGAAAGGCUAUCCGAAGAGACUGUGCGAUCGAUUCGUACACCAGCGCGACCUCCUCGUCCGGCCAGCUUGUCGCUUUCUGCCUUUCAGUGGCCACUGGCGAGUGCCAAGAGGUUGUCGCCCCCUCCAUCUAUCGCUAGCUUCGAUCAUCCCUUUGACGACUCGCCGCCGUUCUCGAGCUCGGCUAUGUCAACGCUGAGCCAGAAGCAGGCUUUUCAAUGGCGAUCAAGAUUUGCCAGGCUUGCUUGGAACGGUCGUAGCUUCAGCAUUGCGUCCAGUCGAGAGUCUCUGGCAGAUCCGAGCGUCAAAACGUCGAGCUGGCUCGAGUUCAGAGAGCGUGACUAG